GCCCAGUCCUACCAAGGAUGAUAGCUGCGCACGGUUGGGGCCAUCAUAAUAGGCAGAUGAGUAACGCAAGAUUUCACCUACACUUCGUCUCUCCCUCGUAUCCGGUACAUUUGUCGUCAUCACUGGAUCUUUCAACAUGCCCAUCAUAGUACCCACCAUUCCGCCCGGUGGAAAGAGCCCCGAAUGGAACUUGUCCGACUACUCUCACAGUGAUGUCUUCACUGUAUAUCACACAACACCAUUUUCGACUCUAGAAUACGAAGUUCCUUCCUUGACGACGGCCUUCACUGCUCCAACGGGCUGUGCGGAGCGAUGGCUGGUGCGGGGGAAGCCAUGGGGACCAGCGACAUUUGACGGAACGAAAAUCAACACGGUUUGGGACAUUUACAGAGGAGGAUCUCUUAACCAGGAGGUUCCAGACCCAUGGUAUGAUGCAUGUCAACCAUACGCUCAAGCAUCAGCGAUAUACAGUCCGGGGAUGUGUCCGGAUGGGCAGACGGUUGCCGAAAUAACAGAACACCAAACCAAAGUAUCCACGGGUAUUGACAGCUACUGGCAGGCGAGUUGCUGUCCAAGCGGGAUGGGAUUCGGCAAGGUAAAGCACGCCCGCUGCCAGAAGACAUACGCCACCAGUACAAUGGCCUACUACCCGAUAACCUCUGAGGUUUCCGGCAAGAGCGGCUCAUCCUCUACUUUCUACGAAACCACAAUUACCAAGACUGUCGGCUCCCAGAACGAUAAACCCGUCAUCGAAACUUCCACCCAAACCAGCGUCACAGGACUCGCAGCCGGCUAUGCGAUCCAGGACCCUGUGGUCGUUGCGUGGCAGAAACAAGACCUCGACUUAUUCCCCAGAGACUACGCUUCGUCACUCGCCAGCCAAAUCAAGAUUCCGUACACAGCAACAGGCACGCAAGCAGCCCCAGCGCCAACAUCCGAUAUCCCAGGCCCAACGAACUCCCCACCUUCUUCCUCGCAAACAGCUACUCCCUCCUCUUCCGAACUCAGCUUCCCAGCCAAAGUUGGUGUAAUCGUCGGUAGCGUCGCCGGCCUCCUCGUCCUCAGCACAGUCCUCAUCUGCAUCCUCCUCCGUCAACGUCAACGCCGCCGUCAAGACCAACAACAUCACGACGCCACAUCAAGAACAGCUCCAUACCCCUCCUACUCUCCUUACGACGAUAACCGUGACACAACUGAUACCACCUCCGCUGGCUUUCUAUCAAAAUGGUGGCGCACCCGCGGCACAGACGGUAAUGGUGCAGGGAUCCUCGGCGCCUCCCAUGCACGACGCCAGAUGCUGUCCUGCAGCACCGAGAGAUUGGAACUGGAAGCUUCGUCUAAGAAACCUGCUGUAGAGCUCGAUAGUCCGGCGCCGAGUCCGGGGCUCGUGGGAGAGAAGGGAGGAGGAGCGAACGGACAUCAUGGUGGUGAUGCAGCGGCUGCGGCGUGGGCGCAUAGAGUCAGUGUGCAGGAAUUGAGCGGCGAGAGCGCUAAGCCUGCUUCGCCGCUUGGUGUCGAUGCGAGGAGAAGAUGAGACUUGUCGAAUAGAGAAAGCAUAAGAAGCGCUGUGGGAUAAUGUUUCAUGUUUACGGGAUGCAUUGGACUUGUUUGGAUUUUUUUUUUGAUGUUUAUGUAGCUGGCUUUAUACCCUUUCCUUAAGACUUGAGCUCCGGUUUUAGUGUGAUAUGGCGAGAAAAUACAUAUAGAUCUCGCGAUAAUGAAAGAAGCACAUUAGAAUCUACUCACUGCAGUGAUUUUUCCCAAUGAAUGGUGUACCACCUGCCGAGUUAUCGAGCAGGAUCCUACGAAUUCACGAAAACAGUCACGAAGAACGAUAACCGCGCCUACAACGACAUGAUCCAUCUUCUCCACCAUGCAAUAAACGCCCACCCAUCCACCGACCACCACGUCAUCCAACCACACAUGCAGCUUUCUAUCCGAUCAAGCCUUUUUCAAACAAUACACGCGCGCCAUCGGGACGGAACGCAUACUCUCCCCCGGCGGCGUCCGAGUUCACACCACCCCCCUUCCUCCCUCGGGUCAUUGCGUUCCCGUUAGCACGCCUUAAACCUUCCGCUUGAACCUUCCCUCCCAUCAUGCCAACCCAAUUCUAUUUUCGGUAAAAAGUAAGCAAUAAUUUUAGCCCGUGCAGAUAGACAAUAUCAAAAACAAUUCUCCGGUCGGGCCGUGCGUCAGUCAGGCGUUCAUUUGUCCGUGUUCGCGCCGAACCCCCCGACGGGCUGCCUCAUCUCAACCCAGCGAGCCUCAGCUUUUUAUUGAACGCGCUCCCCCAGCGC